AUGGCGGAAAAUGUCGAAAACUUCGUACUUGCUGCCAAUGGUAUGCUCAAAGAAGCUGGCAUCAACAUAACACUCCAGGCAGUCCUCCUUACGACGGCAUCUUGUAUCGCCCCUCUGGUCUUUUUGCUUGUUCUCGCUGCCUUCAAAACACCAAAGCCACUACCUCCGCCAGCCGGUUGCAGGAAACUCAGGCUCCAAGGACGCAGUAACCUGGAGGAUCAGUAUUCUAAGAGAUAUGCCAAGGGCGGUGACCCCACUCCAGAGAAGCCAUGGACGGUCAAGGCACUCUUCGUCUACCCCCUGAAGUCAGGUGCACCCGUCGAGUUGAGCAAGAGCGACAUCGAUCGCACAGGACUGAAAUAUGAUCGCCAGUUCACCCUCGCCCAGCAAGUCACGAGCUUGCCCACGCUAGACGGCAAGGUGACCAGUGAAUGGCACUUUAUGACCCAAAGGAAAUUCCCUCGCCUUGCUAAAGUCGACACUGAGAUCUGGGUUCCGGAUCCUUCCGCAAGAGGCUACAAAGAAGACGGAGAAUGGGUCAAAAGUGAGGGAUGCUUGGUCAUUCGUUUCCCCUUUUCUCCCGACACCGACUUCACGAUCGAGGGUCUGAUCAACUAUGGAAAAAUCAUGUUGGCAAGAUUGAGUCGAAAAUCGGAGCCGAUGCUGGAGUUCAGAGUACCUUUCAACCCUUCGCCGGAGAGGAUCAAGAGCAAGGGAUAUCGGAGCGAAGUUUUGCGUAUCUGGAAAGACAGCCCUACUGCACUCAAUGUUAGCUCGGAGAUUGAUCGCGAAGUCUUCGAGAAGUUGAGAUAUACCCUUGGUGCAGCAAAUCCAAUUGCGCUCUUCAGAAUUGACACGAAUGCGUAUCGGGAAGUACACAAAUGCGCGCCCAAAAAGGAGGAUGUUGGAUUUGAGACGGUCAUUGGAAUGCACGAUUCGUACCCGAUCCAUAUUUUGAAUCUCGCUUCGGUCCACGACGUAGCAUCCAAGCUCCCCAAUCCCUCUUCCGAACUUCCAGAACUCUGGCAAAGGCAUCUUACCCUCCUCGACGCGCUGCGAUUCCGCGCAAACAUUUACAUCACUGGACCUCCUGCCUUUGCCGAAGACGACUGGAAGCAGGCACAAAUUACUUCAUCUGAUUCCACAUCCUCCAUGAACCUGCACAUCUCGUGUCGGACGACCAGGUGCAAGUUGCCUAACGUCGACCCAAAAACUGCUGUAGCCGAUAAGAACGAGCCUCUGACUACGUUGAGGAGUUACAGGGUUAUCGAUGAGGGGUCUAAGAAUGCGUGUCUGGGUAUGCAAGUCACGCCAUUGGAUACAGGAGCCGUCGCGGUGGGUGAUAAGAUUGACGUGUUGGAAAUUGGGAAGCAUCGAUUUGAAGGAGGGGAAGGAAGGAAGGUUGACGGCUGA